AUGCCGAUACCUGAAUACCGCGACUGGCAGAUGGUCAAUGGAGUGUUCACAACGCUACGUCAUGCUCAAGAGUGCCUUGACACUUUAGCAUGUCAAACUGUCAGGUUGAUGCGUAUGGUGGAGCAUCACCGCCUCGGGAUUGGACCUGAACUACAGUCACUUGAGUCUGCCACCUCUCAGCAGAAGAUGUUAGAGCAAGACCUCGAAGUCUGGCAAGCCGCAUUCUGUGGCUUAAGAAGGAAUCUUAGAUCUCGCACAAAGCAAGAGUUUCGCUUAUUGCUGCUUGAAAUGCGUUGGCGUGUUGCACGGAUAUGGACUUCUACAUGCUUGUCACAGGACGAGCGAAUAUAUGAUCAAUACCUUGCAAGCUUUAUCCGCAUUAUAGAGUUAGCAUCGCAGGCGAAGGUGCAAACAGCUCUUUCUGGUACUGUCCGAGGCACCUUUUCCUUCGGGAUGGGAUUUUCCCCUCUCCUUCAUUUCGUCGUGUUGAAGUGCCGCUUCUUGGAGAUCAGACUUGCAGCACAAUCACUGAUGAUGGCUUUGUCUUGUUCAAGGGAGUCAUUAUGGGACUCUGCAACAAUGCACGCCAUUGGCACGAAAGUUAUCGAGAUAGAGCAUGGAAUAACGUUAUCUAUGGACACAUCAAAGCCUCAAAUCCCGCAAGGUGAUGGAUAUGUCCUCCCUGGUGACGAGAAACGUAUUCGAGAUAAUGCACUCGAGCCAGACACAGAAUGCUGUACGGACAAUCAUGGUACUGAAGUUUGGAGGAGAAAAAUUCGGUUCCUCAUCAAGCCUGGGAUCGGUCCUGUUAAGUCAGUGUACGACUGGGUGACCAUAGCUUACCAUCCGCAUGAAAACUACCAUCUGUGA